UGUGAGGCGACAGUGCUAACCACUGCAUCACCUUAAUAUUCAUAAACUGUAUUAAAAAUCAUACAUGUAUAUGCUACAUAAGUUAUGAUAUAGCACCACUGUCACCUCAUCAGGCCUGUUGUUGCUGGGCCCCCGAGGGGUGUGGCCCCCACUCUGGCAGCCAUUAUUUUUCUGUAUUGAAGGUGGCAAGCCUAGCUCUGCCAGGAGCAGAAACAACUGCAGCAGCCAUCACUCCUGUCCCGGCACUCAAAUGUAUGGGCCGCUGGUCAUCAUAUGUCUAUGAACGCUACCUUUGGUCCAUACAGAGAGGAUUGGAGAGAAAGUGAUGAAGACCAUGAUGGUGAUAUGAAGAAGAGAGGAGGGACAUCAGUGUUCAAUAGAGACUGAGAUCGAGAGGAGAGGCGGGACAAACUGAGGGUCAGAAAGAGAUAAAUCAACUGUAUGAUAGUGUUCUGGUCAGAAGCUGCCAGAGCUGCAGCUCCUCUUUUCCUCCUCUCACUGUUUGAUGGAGGUUGACGACGGAGCAGAGCUCUGCUUUCCACAACUCCUCAACACCUCCUGCAGGAAGUCGACACUUCCUCAGUCUGAAGAUGUAUUUCUGAACAGUCUGUUGUCCAUCUCUGUGCUCACUGUGGCUCUCAACCUGCUUGUCAUCAUCUCAGUCUCCCACUUCAGGCAGCUCCACACACCCACCAACAUCCUCCUCCUCUCUCUGGCUGUCUCAGACUUUCUCGUGGGCCUCCUGCUGAUGCCGGUAGAAAUCCUCCGAAAAACAUCCUGCUGGUUUCUUGGUGACCUCAUGUGUUCUCUGUAUAUUUGUGUAGGGUACAUUAUUCCCUCUGCCUCUGUAGGAAACAUGGUGCUCAUCUCACUCGACCGAUAUGUUGCUAUUUGUGACCCUCUGCAUUAUACCACCAGAAUCACUGAGAGAAGAGUUAAACUCUGUGUUUGUUUGUGUUGGUUCUGUUCUGUUUUCUACUGCUGUCUCUUUGUAAAAUAUGGCCUGACUCAACCAGACAGGUAUAAUUCCUGCUACGGUGAGUGUGUGAUUGUAUUUGACCAUACUGCAGAUGAAAUUGACCUUGUCAUGACCUUUAUUUUUCCAGUUUCUCUCAUCAUAGUUCUGUACAUGAGAGUGUUUGUAGUGGCUGUGUCUCAGGCUCGUGCCAUGCGCUCUCACAUUACAGCUGUCACACUCCAAUGUUCAGUGACUCUGACAACAAAGAAAUCUGAGCUGAAAGCAGCCAGGACUCUUGGUGUUCUUGUAGUUGUGUUUCUAUUAUGUUUAUUCCCAUAUUAUGGUGUGACUCUUGCAGGAGACAGCUUGCUCAGUACUUCAUCCGCAUUCCUUGUAAUCUAUCUGUUUUAUUUUAACUCGUGUCUAAACCCUGUGAUUUAUGCCAUGUUCUACCCCUGGUUCAGAAAAUCAGUUAAACUCAUUGUUACUCUUCAGAUUCUGCAUCCUGGCUCCUGGGAGGCCAAAAUACUGUAGAGAUGCUGUGGUGUGACUGAAAUGAGAUCUGCUCUACAAAUAUAACAUUUAAUUCAAAUACCAAAAAUUGUAUU